GCUGGACCAUUAUGCCAUUAUCAAGUUCCCUCUGACCACAGAGUCAGCGAUGAAGAAGAUCGAGGAUAACAACACUCUGGUUUUCAUCGUUGAUGUCAAGGCAAACAAGCACCAGAUCAAGCAGGCUGUGAAGAAGCUGUACGAUAUCGAUGUGGCCAAGGUCAACACGUUGAUUAGGCCUGAUGGGGAGAAGAAGGCUUACGUGCGGCUGGCCCCCGAUUACGACGCGCUGGACGUUGCCAACAAGAUUGGAAUCAUCUAA